AUGGAAAGCACUCAAUUAAGUCACUCAAUUCUCACUAUAUCUCUGAUCGCAAUUUUCCUUUAUCAAUGCUGGCGCUUGGCUCGUCGGCCUAAAAUUUGGCACCCACCAUCCCCGGCAUCAAUUCCGUUUGUAGGCAACUGGUUUUCAAUUCCUUCAGGCCAAGAGUGUGUUGCUUUCGCGGAAAUUGGAGAAAAGCUCAAAUCCGACAUCGUUUAUCUUGAAUUAUUUGGCCAGAAAAUCGUCAUCCUUAAUUCUUUCAAGGCUGCAUCCGACCUCUUGGAUAAACGUUCAGCGAUCUACUCAGAUCGACCCUCCGUGCCAAUGCUUACUGACCCAUCAUUAAUGAACUGGGCGAAAAUUGUUUCCUUUGCUAAAUAUGGCGAACUCACGCGUAACUAUCACCGCAUAAUGAACAACUGGCUCAACAAGCGCGCUGUUAUUCAGUUUAACCCUAUGCAAGAAAGGCAGGCUCGAUUGCUCUUGAAAAGCUUGUUAGAUAUCACAAAUCAUUCCCGGCCCUUCCAGGCCGUCAAAAACGAAUUAUUUUUUUCUACAGGAUCGUCAAUGCUUCAAGUUGCUUAUGGGUAUGAGCCACAAGGCCAUAACGACCCAUUCUUCAUGAUGACAAAACUCGCAUUUGAACACGCUUUACAUGCAGGGAUGCAAACAAACUUUUUGGUGAACGUAUUCCCAGCAAUGCUACACAUACCAAACUGGUUUCCUGGAACAGGAUGGAAACGCGUAGGAAGAGAAUGGGGCAUAAUGCAAGAAGACGCAAAGACGAGGCUCUACGAAUGGGUAAAGGAACAGGCUACUGGAGAAACUCGUCAAAUUUCGCUGCUUGGUCUUAUGCUCCAGGAUCAUAACCAUGCACUACUUCCGGGACUGAGCCCUGCAGAGACACAGGAACGAUUGAAGGAGGUUGGAAUAAUUCUCUUUGGAGCCGGGAUGGAUACUAGCGCAAAUUUUCUUCUAAACUUCAUAGCUACAAUGGUUUUGCACCCAGAUAUACAGUUACGAGCCCAACAGGAGCUCGACACUAUCCUCGGUCAAUUAACUUUACCAAUGAUUAAAGAUCAAGAACGGCUACCAUACAUCAGGAAUGUGGUUGAAGAGGUUCUACGGAUGUACCCCGUUGUUCCGCUUGGAUUACCCCAUGUAUGCUUUAAAGAUGACAUUUAUCGAGGAUACCACAUUGAAAAAGAGACAAUCGUGGCUAUAUCGCGUGAUCCCCAUCUUUACAGAAACCCCGAAGAGUUCAACCCAGACAGAUACCUGGACCCUAGUGUCCCGCGGCCACCUGUUUUUGGGUGGGGAAGACGUAAAUGCCCAGGCAUCUAUUUCGCUGAGGAGGCGGCAUUUGUGGGCGCUGCCUCACUGAUAUCCAUGUUCAGAUUCUCCAAGAAGAAAAACAUCAACGGGGAGGAGAUAAUGCCCCAAAUCAAGCCAAAGCACAACGCGCUCGUAGUUGAACUAGAUGAUUUUGAGUUCGGAUUCGAACCUCGUUCAGAGGAACAUCGCCAGUUUAUCCUUAGUACCAACAUUGACAAGGAGCAAGUCUCAAUCAGAUAG